UGGAAAGUUAUUAACAACCAGUCAAGAGUCACACAAAUCUGUACCUUAAUAACCAAAGGGAACAACAUACUCCCCUCCCUCUGUUUCAUUUUUGAGAGGAGAAACCGAACGAAAGGGAGCGGUGAUAAUAUGGCGUGCAAGGAUUGUAAAUGUUUGUAUUUGGCCUGGUUCCCUUCUAAAGGCUGCAGGGAUGUAACAUGAAUCCGUGUUUAGAUUUCAAUUCGACUCAUGUAGCUGAUGAGCGAUAAGGCUUCGUGAGAUAAUGUUAGCUGUUGGUUGGACACGAGUAGAGAGGGUUGAGGAGGGGUGGCCAAGUUAUUUUGUGUGUAGUCUGAAGCCUUACAGGUUUGAAGGGCUGUACUACGUUGAAGAGGUGUGGUUGGUGAAAAAUAAACUUUUUUUUCCUCUCUCUAAGUUCUAUCUGCCAAGGUAAUCUUUCUUUUAAGCCAGUUGACAGGCAGACCAGGGAGGAAUUGGGCAGGAGGUUUCAGAGUAGAGGCAAUAGCCUCCCUUCUGAAACAAGGGUUUUUUUUUGUGCGCCUGUCUAUGCUGUACGGUAGGAAUACGGAUUCUGAAUGCCAUGUACUGGAAGAGCACAGGGCUGCUGGUGUGUCGUAUGGAAAGCAAAGACAAGUACCCGGCUGGUGCGUGUCUCCAGAAGACUAAUUCCGAGCGGGUGGUUAAGGACGAAUCCAGUUCCCCAGCUCCUUCGGCCUCGCCGUCCCUGUCUCCACAAUCGAUGAUCUCUUCCAGGUCGUGCAGAAAUAUCUGUAGCAGCUGCGGCUUGGAAAUAGUGGACCGAUACCUCCUCAAGGUGAAUGAACUAUGUUGGCACGUCCGAUGUUUGGCCUGUAGCGUGUGCAAAACCUCCCUGGGCCGACAUACCAGCUGUUACAUCAAGGAUCACGAAAUAUUUUGCAAACUGGAUUAUUUCAGGCGUUAUGGAACCCGGUGCUCUCGCUGUGGUAGGCACAUCCAUUCGACAGACUGGGUCCGCAGGGCCAAAGGCAAUGUCUAUCACCUGGCAUGCUUUGCCUGUUUCUCCUGCAAGAGGCAGCUGUCCACUGGGGAGGAGUUUGCUUUGGUGGAAGAGAAGGUUCUCUGUCGGAUACACUAUGACUGCAUGUUGGACAACCUCAAAAGGGCAGCUGAAAAUGGGAAUGGAGUGACCAUGGAAGGAGCAUUACCAACUGAGCAAGAUGUCAUUCAACCCAAACCAACAAAACGAGCACGGACCAGCUUCACAGCUGAUCAGCUUCAGAUAAUGCAAGCUCAGUUUUCACAAGACAACAAUCCAGAUGCACAAACACUGCAGAAACUUGCAGACAGAACUGGUUUAAGCAGACGUGUUAUACAGGUUUGGUUUCAGAACUGUAGAGCACGUCAUAAGAAGCAUGUGAGUCCAAACCACCUGUCAUCUACCCCAGUGACAGCACAACAGGAGAGAGUGUCUCCCCAACUGCUGGAUGAAAUGACCUACUCAGCAUAUGUAGCACCAGAUGGACAGAUGUUGACUGCCUUACACACCUACAUGGAAUCUCAUUCACCAACAUCACUGGGACUUCAACCUCUUCCAUCUCGAUCAAUGGCACAGCUUCCUCUUGGCCAUGCUUGACUUCCCUUCAGUGAUCUGAUUUUUGCUGAAUAUUCAGGUUGGAAGACAAAUGCAAACUGCGUUAAGUCUACGGCAUUUCAGUCUGCUUUUGAAGUGUUGCAGAUGAAAAACUUUUUUUCUGACCCCCUUCGUAUUUAUUGGCAUCUAGUGGAGCACUUUUUUGUUUCUGAUUCCUGUUUUUGGUUACUAAUGUACUGAAUGUUUACAAUGUAGUGUAAAUGGUAAUGUUAGUUUAUAUUGGUAAGUUAUUGUUAGAAUAUAUUGAGUGUUUGCAAACAGUGUUUUAUACAGUUUAACUAACUUGAUUUAUUCAAGGAAAGGAAUUUGCGUAAAAAGUCCUGUUAUUGUCUCCAUUCUAGUUUCUGAUGCACCAAUGUUGGAUUCUGGACUAUAUUAAAAAAAAAUUU